AACAGUUGCCUUUUCCUCUCACACCAGGGAGAGUUCGUCUUGUUUGAGACUGGAUAAUUAAAGCCGAAUCACCUGCAAAAGACAGACUAUGUUGGCUAAGAAGCCCCCAAAACCAGCCCCGCGCAAGAUCUUCCAGGAAAGGUUAAAGAUUACGGCUCUACCCUUGUACUUUGAGGGGUUUUUAUUAGUCAAGCGUUCGGCAGACCAGGAGUAUAAACAUUACUGGACAGAGCUGAGAGGAACUACGCUUUUCUUUUAUAGAGACAAAAAAAGUACAACAUAUAUUGACAAAUUAGACUUACUAGAACUCACAUGUCUUAGUAACCAGAAUUCAACUGAAAAGAAUUGUGCAAAAUUCACUCUUGUUUUGCCAAAAGAGGAAGUACAGCUAAAGACAGAGAACACUGAAAGUGGGGAAGAGUGGAGAGGCUUUAUUCUUACAGUGACAGAGCUAUCAGUUCCUCAACAUGUAUCACUCCUGCCUGGGCAAGUAAUUAGACUGCAUGAAGUCCUGGAGAAAGAAAACAAGAGAAGGCUUGAGACAGAGCAGCUGCCGAGUAUGUGUGUGCAGAAAGAGAAGGAACUAAUUGAUGAUUAUGACAACGUACUGAACACUAUGCCAGCUUGUUUUUACAUGGUUUCCCGGAAAGAGGCUACCGAGAUGCUGGAGAAGAAUCCUUCCUGGGGCAAUAUGAUCCUGAGGCCUGGCAGUGACAGCAGAAACUACUCCAUCACCAUCCGGCAGGAGCUAGACAUGCCAAAAAUCAAGCACUAUAAAGUGAUGAGCAUAGGAAAAAACUACACUAUUGAGCUGGAAAAACCGGUAACACUUCCAAACCUUUUCAGUGUCAUCGAUUACUUUGUGAAGGAGACCCGAGGAAACUUGAGACCAUUUAUAUACUCAGCUGCUAAAAACCUUGAUGAUGUUGGCAUCAAAAAAUGAGCUGAGAAUAUUUCUUCUUCAAGAACGGAGAGAGUAUUUUUAGGAUUAAGAUGAUUUCUUCUAUCAAUACUUCAUGGAAUUUACUCAGGUACCAACGAGCUUGAAAAUUCCUCUGCUAGGAGGUGUUCGACAUGAGUUCAACUUUCCCAUCAUCAUCAAAUAUGCUUGCGAUAACUGCGAUGUCACUGGACUAUAUCUCUGGGGACUGAUGUUAUUCUCACAUUUGAAAACCAUUGUUGAUUUGAAACACUGUUUUCCACUGUGUCUGUACAGUUUUUUCAUCCAUUAAUUUGCUGACAGGCUAUUCUCAUCUCUGGCUAUUGCCAAUAAUGCUACAGUGAAACAGGAGUGCAGAUUUCUCUUUGAGAUAGUGAUUCAAUUUGAUUUAUACUCAGACGUGCAAUUGCUGGAUCAUAUAGUAGUUAUAUAUUUGUUAGGAAAUGCCAUACUAUUUUUUUUCUAUUAUGGUUGUACCAAUUUAUCUUCCUACCAACAGUACAUUUUCUUUCUAC